UUUAAAAGGACUAAUAUCUUUUUAAAAUUAGAGUUCUGUUGUUAAGCGAGUAUUUGUACAAUACCUUCCACUACAGCUCCCAUUUGCAAGUUGAAAUGGAGGUCAGCGAGCAAGAAUUAGAGCCUUCCAGCUUAGUUCCCGAGCCCAAGCAGCCCUCUCCCAGAAAAGUUAAAAUAAAGGUAGAAAGCGACACGGAUGAGGAAUAUCUUCCGGGAGGCAAGAAAAAGAAGGGAAAGGCCUUGAAAACGCCCAAAAAAGAAAAAUCCGAAUCUCCGAAGGUGAAAAAAUCAAAACUGAAACGAAAGAAGCAGGAACAUAAACUGUGGACUUGCAGACGCUGCUUGCAAGAGUUUGACACUCGAAAAGGCUUAACCGAUCACGCGAAAAUUCAUCACGAGAAUAAAACCUCCGACGAGCAUACUUUUAAAUAUGACGACGAGCAGGACUUGUACUACUGUAACACUUGUUCGGCCGAAUAUCAGACUCAAGAGGAGGUAGAAAAACACAUCGUGAAAGUCCACGAAGAAUUUUACUCUUGCGAGGUAUGCCACCACCAAUCUAAAAAAGCUUAUUCCUUCGCUAUCCACAUGAAAACGCAUUCCAAAGACGAUAUGAUGGUCUGUCCUCUAUGCAGCUAUAGCACUCCGAGAAGAACGUGCCUUCAGACGCACAUUAACCGAGUACACUACCAUAAGUUUUAUUACACUUGUGGAACGUGCGGCAAAGGCUUCAACGACUCGGUGAUUUUUAAAGAGCACGGCAACGAGCACAUGGGCAUCAAACCUUUUAUUUGCGUGGUCUGUAACAAGGCUUUUUGUUACUCCAGAUACAUGACCAUUCAUCAGGUGAGACAUCACACUGUUCACAUUGAAGGAACUUUGCAUAAAACCCAAUGCAGCAUUUGUCUGAAAGUUUUCUCUAAAGUGGACACGUUGUUGAAACACAUCACCACAAAACAUAGAGCCGGUGAAGAUAAGAAUGAAAAAAGACACUUGUGCGACUUGUGCGGAAAAGGUUUUGGUACCAGCGACAAGUUGAAAAUCCAUUACAGGAUUCAUACUGGUGAAAAACCGUUUUCUUGUCGAUUCUGCGAGAAACGCUUCACUAAAAAAGAUUAUCUGAUUAUGCACGAGAGAAUCCAUACCGGCGAGAAACCGUAUCCUUGCGAGUACUGUGGAAAAUGCUUUAACCAAGCUUGCUCUCUGAGAAUUCACGUACGAGGACACACAGGAGAACGUCCUUAUAUCUGUCAAAUAUGUAACGGUGGAUAUAUAUCACGAGGAUCACUCAAUUUACACAUCAAGACUUGUAACGGCAUGAGAAGUGACAUGGCUAAUGACAUGGUUUAAAAGAAGCAACGUAUUUAUAUGUAGGUAGAUUAGUUUUAUAGAGUUCAUUUUGAUUUGUUCGUUCCGUUUUCAUAUUGUUAAAUUUUUUAUAUCAAUGAUUUUUACUUAGAGUAAAGAUUACUUUUGUGCAAUUUGUUAUAUUGUUUUCGAAGAAACGCAAAAUAUAAUAAAGCUGUGUAGUUUGUUUUAUUGUUGGGAAAAUAAAUAUAAUUUAUUUAGAAAGAAAGAGAGAAAAUAUAUUAUGUAUAUUUAGAAAUAACUUAUAUGGCUAGGUAUUGUAUAAAGUACAUGUAUAAAAUCGUACUAUUGCUGGUAAAUGGUUUUAGAGAAAACAAAAAAUAUAUUAUUACUAGGAUUAGUUUAAAAAAAUCUAUAUUAAAUUUGUAUAAAUCUGAAUUAAAAUGCAAAGAAAUUAUUUAUAUAGGUGGUAUUUCUAUAUUUCAGUGGUUCAUAUUUAUUGACCAAGUCUGCUGCCUGGCAAAAUUAACUUUUACUGAUAGUUCUGUCAAAGUUGGUAAACUUUUAUAAUAAAAACAAAAACUAUAACUUUUCAUAACCUUGUUGUAACAUCCAAAUUUGUUAUUUCUUUAAGAUAUAAUAAAUUUUAACAUAUUUUUUUAUAAAAAUACAUAAUAAUAUAAUACAUAAGAAAAUAUAUAAAAAUAUAUUGGACUUGAUGAAUAAACCUCUAAUAUAAUGUAUAUGUUACAGUGAAAGUUCAACAAAUCCAGUAAAUGUUGACAAAUCACUAGGAUAUGCUAACAGUUACCAAAGUUUACAGAUUCUGUAAACUUUGCAGUUACGCACUGGGCCAGUGAAUAUCGUAUUUAAAAAAAAUCGAUUUUUACAGGUAAUUAUUAGCACUCACUAGUGAGAGUAAAAUUUACUAAAAGUUAUCAGUAAACGUUAUUCCAUUCCAUUAUACAGGGUGAUCGAAACUGGUCUGUUUUAACAGUGAAAACCUAUUUCCUGACUAGAUCCCAGACUAGAUAAAUUACAUAGACAUAUGUAGAUGUCAUGGGCUCAACUUCUGAGACACGGUUAAUGACAUAAAUCACCUGUUGGUAUUUUCACUGCCAACUGACAUACGGGGUCUUUUUGAAUUUUUUACCUUUUUGAAAAUUGCCAAAA